AGAACAUAACCAACAUAACCUUAAAAAAAAUAAUAAACAAACUGGGUUUAUUUACAUUUUAUUCCAGUAAAAUAAAUCUUUUUGAAUAAGUAGUAAUACAUAAACCAAAUAAAAUGCAAUCAGACGCCCCCGAUAAGAAUCAGCUUAUUGCGGUGCUUCAAAUAUUAAAAAAAUACAACUUGAAAUCAACUGAAGAAUCCCUCAAGAAAGAAGCGAACAUUGAAGUGGAUCUUGACUCGUCUUCUUUGCAACAAGAAUCGGAUGUUAACAGUGUUUUAACCGGUUAUAAAAGUGAUGGGGACCCAGAAGCUUAUGAGGAUAGUUAUGUUGAAUUAAGACGUUUUGUCGAUAACACCCUCGAUAUAUAUAAGCAUGAAUUAGGGAUGAUUUUAUACCCUGUUUUGGUGCACAUGUAUCUAGAACUGGUGUACAAUGGUCAUACAGAGAAAGCUAUUGAUUUAAUGCGAAAAUUUGGGCCAGAACAAGAUUUAUACUAUCAAGAUGAUUUAAAAAAACUUGCGUUAAUUAUAAAAAGGGAUCACAUGAACGGAAAUGAACUCGCUGAUACUUUUAAAUCAAAUCAAUUUAUAAUUCGGAUGUCAAGAGAUACUUUAUCCUUAUUAAAAAGGCAUUUAAACGAGAAAAAAGCUUCGAUUACUUUAAAUAUUAUUCACGAACAUUUAUAUUUUGAUAUGUACGAAGGAGUCGCUAGGAAUAAAAGUCAAAUUGAUGCUACAUCAGGAGCUUUAAUUGGGGAAGCAACUAGACAAGAUAACAAAACAAAAGUGCUUUAUGGAAUCCCAAAAGCGCCAGAUUUGGCUACUUUAACUUCAGUCCCACCAGCUGAAGAUGAAGAAGAAGCUAACGAACAAGAUGGGUCUGAUAAACCAAAGAAGAAAAAGGCUAAAAAGGAUCCUUUGUAUUCAAAGAAGACAAAAUCUGAUCCAAAUGCACCACCAUCAGAUAGAAUCCCAUUUCCAGAUUUGAAAGACAACGAUAAAAUAGAAAGGAUAAAACUGCUUAGAGAAUCGUCCAGAAGAGUUAAUUUGGGAGCUGAAACUUUACCAUCAAUAUGCAGUUAUACGUUAUUAAAUGCAAAUCAUAAUGUAUCCAGUGCUGAAGUGGCCGAAGAUUCCAGUAUGUUAGCUGUUGGAAUGGCGGAUGCAUCAAUAAAAGUAUACACAUUAAUUCCACAAAAAUUAAGAUCGAUGAAAAGCGCCGAUCAACUUCAAGAUAUCAAUAUCGACGCGGAUGAUGUUCUCGUUCGAAUGAUGGAUCAAAGAUCUGGGGAAUCUUCCAGAACGAUGUUUGGCCAUUCCGGCGCUGUAUAUUCCCUGGCGUUUUCACCAGAUCGUUCUCUUUUAUUGAGUUGUUCUGAGGAUACCACAAUCCGUUUGUGGAGUCUUCAAAUUUGGAAUUGUGUUGUUGUUUAUAAAGGUCAUAUGUACCCGGUUUGGAACGUUCGAUUUUCACCGAUGGGUUAUUAUUUUGCAACGUGUUCUAAUGAUAGAACAGCGAGAUUAUGGGCUACAGAUCAAUAUCAACCAUUAAGAAUUUUCGCGGGACAUUUUUCGGAUGUUGAUGUUGUUCAAUUUCAUCCAAAUUCGAAUUAUGUCGCGACUGGUUCGAGCGAUCGUCGGGUUUGUUUGUGGGAUGUUUUAACUGGAAAUCACGUCCGGUUGAUGACCGGGCAUAAAUCGCCGAUUUAUGCUUUGGCAUUUAGCGUUUGUGGGAGAUUUUUAGCAUCGGGUGGUUCGGAUACGAAAGUUUUGGUGUGGGAUUUAGCUCAUGGACAUCUCGUAGCGGAACUUGGAGCGCACGAGAAAACGAUACAUUCCUUGAUUUUUAGCCGAUGUGGAAAUAUUUUAGCAUCCGGCUCGUUGGAUUGUACGGUGAAGUUAUGGGAUUUUAAUAAAUUAGCUGAAGAUACUAAUUCGGAGGAUGUUAAUAUUUCGCAUAAUCCGGAAGUUAAAAAUGGCGAGGCUUAUUUAAUGCGUAGUAUUGGAACGAAAAAUUCGCCAAUUGUUUCUUUACACUUUACAAGAAGAAAUUUGCUUUUAGCUAUUGCCGUUUUUGAUGGACUCCCAUCCGCUUGAAUCAAAAACAAUGUUCUUUGUAGGUUUAUGAGAUAUAAAUAAAUAAUUUUCAAUAACA